AUGGCCCGUAACAGUUUCAAAGGAUACCUUCAUAUUGGCAUAGAAGACGUUCGCAUAGAGUCUCCAAUAUAUAAAGCUGUCGAAAGGAAACCAACACAGAAAGGUCCUACGAAGAAAACCACUACAGCAAAAGAUGCAAUCGAAGAGGAAAAAGAAACACUCACGACAACAACAAUAACAAUAAAGGUUCCAGUAGUUAAAUCUGAUGAUGGCAAGCUGGAUAUCUUCAAACAAGCCAAAAAGAAAAAGAAAAAGGCGAAGACUUUUGAUGCCACUUCUCAACCAAAGGAUUCUAUCACCAAGGUACCAACCAAAAAACCUGUUUCCCCAAAGGUGCUUGCUAAGACUACUUCUGAAAGGCUUGAGACUGAUAACUCCAGCCCCGGAGCUGAAGGUUCUAUGGAAGACACGAAUAUACUAGAGGCGGAGGAAGAUGUCCAAGAAAAAUCGAAUGAUGCUUCACCAGACAUUCCUCACCAAGCUCGAGAUAUCUCAGAUGAUGAGGAAGAACAUGAUAAAGAUCAAUACAUGCUGGACAUCCCUUCAGCUGAUGAUCAAAACGAACAAGAAGAGGAUGACGAAGAGAAUGACGCUAAUGAUGAGGGAAGAUCAGGUGGAAUUUCCAGCUAA